UAUAUUUCAUGUCUCUUGACCCGAGAUUUGCAUAUUGACUAGAAUGUGACCCCGUUUCAAUACCUGACCCCGCCUGCACUCCCUUGAUUUUCAUCAGCCACCAUGGAUAGUAGCGCCGCCCCAGAAAUGCUGAGGAAAGUGAGCUCCCAGCGCGUUCCUCCCCCAGCUCUGUUUCAAGGCCCGCCCUCUCAUAACGCAUCCAAUCUAUCAGUUCAACCACCUGUACCUAUGGUUGUCACUCCAGGAGGUCAAGCUCCUCCACGUCCGCUUUUAAACCGGAAUCGCUCUUCAAAACCUCUUGAUACCCAUGGGGCGCUCUCCCCGUUUCUGUCUCGCACACAGUCCAAAGGUGAAAUAGACGGCUCGGAUGCGCUAUGGGAGGAGAUGCAAAGUGCGUUAUCGGAUGUAGAAGUGAGCGCAGCGGCCCGCGGACAUGUUUUUGGAGAAAAACACUCGGAGGCGCUGGAGGAUUUGCGAAUGAAACAUUUGUGGCUAGCGCAGGCCUGGGCGCGUAGUGAAGCGGAAGAUGAAGUGGUUGAGUCCAAACCCCCGGCGGCGCAGAAGCCUCCCUUUGCGAAAAUGGAUUCGCGGACGACAGGCCCUGCGGGACAAACCCCGGGAGAAGCCGACAGUUCUUCUCGGAACCUAGAUGAGGAGACAGAGAAAGAUAUUCUACUCGCACGCGACCGGCGGGAAGCUAAUGAUCGAUAUUUCGAUCGAGUCAACAACGGGGUUUUGGACGUUGUAGCCAAGUUGGAGGAAAUUGCUCAAGCUAUGCGCACGAUGGAAACCGAGAGCAAAGAUAUCUGGAGCGACGAUGACAGCAUGAGCACUGCUACCCUGUCUACUGUUCACUCGGAAGGCGCUGAGACAUGACCAUGCUCUAUUUCAGCCGACCAGAUAUCCCUCUCCCCUGCUCUAGACCCAUCUCUGGAAUUAAAUUGACUGGUUGACUGGUAUCACCAGCAAAGAUGUCUAGGGCGAGAAAACAGUCUUUGAACUGCCCAAGUCCAUUAUUAUUGCUCCGAGAGUACGAGGCCCGAACGACUUGAAUAAAGAUAGAAGCUCUGAUCAAGCCGUUCUAUAACUCCGACAAAGUAUUUAAUUAAUUAAUCAAUAC